AUGCAAGGUGACACAGGACGCGUCUUGUCUUAUUCGAGAGGUCAACAUCUCCCCCCUCCUCCAGUCUUCCCGUGUCUAAUCAAGGAGCUAGCCAUCAAAACUAUACCUGCAGCACUACAGGUACCUAUACGUGGCAAUGGCAACGUCGGCGCCGUUGCGGAGCUCUUUGAUAUUUCAUGUCUCUACAACACGGUCUUAUUCGAAGCCAUCCCAGACCUCGCGAUUGGUGUUUGGAAGUCUGCUCCUCCUUCUCUGACACCCCAGCAAAUCAUCUCCAAACUGCAGCCUUUAUCCUCUCCUGCUGUCCUUGGGGAACAUUUCUACGUGCUCAACCCUCUAACCGGCCAAGGCUUGAACCCAGAGUGGAAUUUCUCCGCCCAUGGACGGUUCAAAGGAAACGCCGAUGCAUACGUCGUUGCCGCAAAGGUGAACGGCACGGCGGCACCAACUGGGAGUCAGGACAUCGACUGGGUCAGCUUGAAAUCAUUGACUGGCAAGCUUGCCCAGCAAGUCUAUAGAACGGAUACACGGCUCGGUCAACCUCCUGCAUCGUGCACUCCUGGAUCUCCUGACAUCACCGUAAGAUAUGCUUCGAAGUACUGGCUGUUCGGAUCGUCAGUGUAA